AUGUCGGAAGCAAUCGACAGCAAAGCUGUCGUGGAACAGCAACCCGUGGACGAGAAAACCGCCGUGGCCCCUCACGACAUGGAGGAUAUCCCAAUUGACCAAUUGCCCAAGUCGCGUUGGGAGCGAUCCUGGCCUGUCAUUGCUUGUGGGGCUGGUCUGUUCUCUGACGGUUACCUGAAUGGGAUCAUCGGUUCAGUCAACACCAUGCUCAGUAAGAUCUAUCCCGAUACAUACGCAAACUCCGCCGCCAGUCGCAACGUCAGUUCCAUUGCCUUCGUAGGAACUGUCAUCGGUCAAUUGGCCUUUGGUGUCUUGAGUGACUACUGGUCGCGCAAAUGGUCUCUCUUCAUUGCAACCGUUAUCCUCAUCGUCUUCAGUGCCCUGUGUGCCGGUUCCUAUGGUGCUGGCGGGAGCCAAGAAGGUCUCUUUGCCGCCCUCACUGCCUAUCGUUUCUUCCUCGGUAUUGGUAUCGGUGGUGAAUAUCCCGCUGGAUCCGUCGCUGCAUCUGAGAGUACCGGUGAGCUCAAGUCCGGUCACCGAAACCGUUGGUUUAUCUUCUUUACCGAUUUUAUGAUUGAUUCUGGCUAUGUGGUUGCGUCUAUUGUGGCCACUAUCAUGGUUGUGAUUACUACCGAGAAUCACCUCCGUGUUGCCUGGCGUAUUUGUCUUGGGCUGGGCAUUAUUCCCCCUCUUAGUCUGUUGUGGUUGCGGUACAAGCUGAAAGAGCCCGAAGAGUUCAACCGAGAGCGUAUGCACAAGUAUCCGUAUGGUCUGAUUAUCAAAUACUACUGGAAGCGAUUGUUCAUCGUCAGCUUGAUCUGGUUCAUCUACGAUUUUUCCAGCUUCUCCUUCAGCAUCUACUCUACCAAAUGGCUGAGCAUCAUCAUCGGCGACUCCGCUCCUCUUUGGCAGAGUUUCGCUUGGUCCAUUCUCACCAAUGUCUUCUAUCUUCCCGGAUCCAUGGCAGGUGCUUUCCUCAGUGACUGGUUUGGCCCUAAGCAAACCCUGGCAUGGGGUGUGUUUGCGCAAGGUGUUGUUGGAUUCAUCAUGACCGCCGCCUACAAGCAACUCGGAACACCGGAAUACGUUGCUGCGUUUGUUGUUGUUUUCGGUAUCUUCUCUGCUCUCGGUGAACUUGGUCCUGGCGACAACAUCGGUCUUCUCGCUUCGAAGAGCUGCGCAACCUCCAUUCGAGGCCAAUACUAUGGUAUCGCCGCCGCCAUCGGCAAAAUCGGUGCCUUCGUCGGUACCUACGUGUUGCCUAUAGCGCAGAACAACGCCCCCAACUCAAUUCGCGCUGGCCAGGAUCCAUUCAUUAUCUCCAGUUCUCUCUGCAUUUUCAGUGCGGUGCUCUGCUGGGUGUUUGUCCCUGAUAUUGGACAGGAUACUAUUCAAGAGGAGGACAUUCGUUUCCGUGAGUACCUUGAGGCAAACGGAUAUGACACCUCGGAAUUGGGUAGCAAGCCAGCCCAACAACAACUAACCAUUGACUGCAUUGAUAUAAUCACGCUCGACAAAAUGGUCGCAGACGCUUUGGUCUACCACCCCUCGGUAGCUCACUACCUACGCUUUGUCGCAACAACCCUCGGCAGAGACAAAGCCCUCCGCACAAUCCAAUACUUCGCCCGCUUCUACUCCUGGUACCUCUUCCGCACCAACAACCCAACCUCCGCGAUCGCGCCGUGGGAUGCCCUCAAAAAACAAUUCGGCGUAACCCGCAAAAUCUUGCGAUUCGGCAAAUUCGUUGAACACAUCAAGGCCGCCUCCGUCGCCUUUGACAAUAAAGCUCCCGCCGAUGCGGUGUUGAAGAAUCUGACUGUUGGGCGUCAGCUUGGUUAUGCGGGUUAUUUGAUGUUGGAUUCGAUCACGCUUGUUGAUGUGUUGGGAUUCAAGAAGUUUGAUUCGGCGAAGAAGUUGACGGAGUAUUCCUAUCGGGCUUGGUUAUCUGGAUUGGUUUGUAGUGUUGUUGCGGGUGUUUAUACCCUGUACAGACUGCAGGAGAGAGAAAAGACUGUUGAUAGGAAAGAGGGCGAGGGUGUUGUGGAGGCUAAGAAGAUUGAGCGUGAACGCGUCGCCGCUCGCAUCCAACUUGUCUCUGAUCUCUGUGAUUUGAGCGUCCCUCUCUCGAUGUUGGGUUACGCCAAGCUUGACGAUGGUCUCGUUGGUAUUGCUGGAACUAUCAGCUCAUUGAUUGGCGCGUGGUCCGCCUGGAAGAAGACUGCUUAA